AUAGAUAUAUCUUAUAUAGAUUAUAUACGAAUUAGAUCCUUAUUUGUAUAUUACUAUUGAUCCAUAAUUUCGAGACAAAGAAGGACCUAGAAAGUGAAGUACCCGGGAUUAAUUGUGACCGGGUCAAACUGCACGAGACGAGCCGUCUUCGCAGGUGGCAAGCAGGCAUGCAAAUCUAAAAAAGGAGGGUCCACGCACACGAGAGCACGUGCUCGUAUUUUGCAAGAGACCCUCUUUUCAGAAGCGGCGGCAGUGAUCAGCUGGCGAUAUUUCUUCCUUUUCUCCGAUCUUCGCAAGACUGAGGGAGAGGGAAUCAGAAAAAAGCGCUAAAAAGAACGAAAAUGAGCGUUGCCACCCCUUCUCCAUUCCGCGCACCCGCAUCCUGUGGCAGCUUUCGUAAAAACCAUCGGUCCGUCGGUCUCCAUUCAAAAGCACGAGUCACGGGGGCUCAUUUACGAAUUUCACAACGAAAUUCUACACUGGCUGGGAGCGGGGCGUCUGCGAUCUCGCUUGAAGAGACUUAAAAAUAACGACAAUGCUGAGAAAUAAUCGAGACGUAAAGCAUAUUCUUGCAUAAUGAUUCACGGACCAUGAAUAGAGAAUUAAAUUGCGCCGCCCGAUGUCAUUGCACCCUAGAUCCUAGAGGAUGCAUAGGGGAGCCGAAGGAAAGCGCAGACGGGGUUAAGUAACGAGCGAUAAUGGCGGGGACAACUUGCCGUAGGGAGAAUGGCGAGCAACCACCCUGCGUAAGCCGCGGGGGCCAGUCGUGCUCCUCCUACGCAGCCUUUCAUCUCCGCGCUCUCCCGCGAGACACACUCGUCACGCGUGUCGCACAUUGCCGCCACACGAACGGGACCACCACCACCACCACCACCAUCGCACACGCGGAGGAACCGGGUGGGCACGCUUCUGAGGCGCGUGCAGCUGAAGACGAAGAAGACGACGACGAUGAUGACGAAGAGCGCCGCGGCGGCGGCGGCAACGGAGGGCGAGGGAGGCUGCGCUGCUAUAUGUAGCCCCGAAUCUUAGCCGGGGCAACUAUUGCGCCCGAAAUUGCCGAAGCGAACGCAACCCCUGCGCCGCUCGACGUACACGUCACCGGAAUCGGAUUAUAAUUCCUUCUCGAUAUCUUCGCGAUCACCGGAUCUUAUCUCAUAUCUUCGUCAUCCUUAUUGCAGAUAAUAUCGCAGAUAGUCGGUGCAACGAGUGUGUUGGUUUGUGAGUCUUGAAUUGAUAAGUAUGACUUGUGUGCAUUGAGGAGACAAAAAUCGAGGAAGAGACGAGGAAGAUGCCGCGGGCGUUUCUGAUCACGCAUCGCAGGUACAACGGUGCUGAAGAAGAGGUCGGAGGAUCUGAAAGAGAUUUCAGUCCCGAGAGAAGCGUGAGGUUGGCCGAUUACAGCAGCGGUCAGCCAACUUCUGAUGGCGCCAGCGAGUGUGGCAGUGAAACAUCGUCCGAAUGCCCUGAAGAGCUGUACAAUCUGACGAAGCUGGCGGAAGUGAGUCUGGCGGCGGCGGCAGGCACCCUGAUUCACCAUAGCAAUGUCAUCUAUCAGCGACCGGUGUCGCCCAAGGUCGCACAGUACCCUGCAGAGACCAGCAGGACUCUGACAUCUCGAUCUACUGUCCAGAUAAUAGGAAACCAGGACCAAGUCUUGGGUGAACGGACGAGACUCUUCUUCGAGCGAAUCGAGACUGAGAGGGAGAUCCUGGAGGGUCGAUCCGAAGAGAAUUCCACCUUGGGGAUUCGUCUUUCACCGCGACAUCCUUCCUGCUCCUCGCAGGAAGAGCCGAGUUUCUCAAAAGUACCGAUUGUUUCCAAUGUCGACGUAGAUCCGUCGCCAGUAUCGUUAUCAUCCAGCGUGUCUCAAACUCGAAGGACGAUCGGUGCCGCGGAGCUCAAGGCGGAGGAAAACGAGGAUCACGAAUGUCCUGAUUGUGGCAAGAAGUACUCGACCUCGUCGAAUCUGGCCAGACAUCGUCAAACGCACAGAUCAUUGGGUGAUAAAAAGGCUAGGAGGUGUCCACAUUGCGACAAGGUCUACGUCAGCAUGCCGGCAUUCAGCAUGCACGUGAGGACCCAUAAUCAGGGAUGCAAGUGCCAUUAUUGCGGCAAGUGCUUCUCCAGACCGUGGCUUCUGCAAGGACACAUACGCACGCAUACAGGUGAGAAGCCCUUCAAGUGCACCAUUUGCAACAAAGCUUUUGCCGACAAAUCAAACUUACGAGCUCACAUACAAACGCACUCGAAUACUAAACCUCAUGUGUGCAGUCGCUGUGGCAAGGCUUUCGCUUUAAAAUCUUACCUUUACAAGCACGAGGAGUCAUCUUGCAUGCGUGCCCAUCACCGAUCGUCCACGGAGAAGUCCGAUCAAAUCGAACAGCAGACAUCGCUAUCGGUGAAAUCGAGUGCUCCAUUACUAUCGUCGCCCACCAGCGUCAUAGUUCCUCGAUUAGGACUCGAGCGAGAUCAGAAGGGCUCGUCCUCGGCAUUCUCCGCGAUCAUCAGGCAUACCAGGACGACGGACGCGGCGACACCGUCGAAGCGAUCCUGCAAAGAGAGGACGCCCUGUCCGAACGAUCCGAAUGAGGAGAAGCAGAGCCCCGAUUCGGCGACGAAGGAUUCGGAAUACGAAUCCAGGAUGGUUAUCAGGACGUCGGUGAUAUCUCCCAAUCCGGAGCAUCUGCAUCUACGUUUCGAAAACGACGUUAAGAGUUCCUCGACUACGUACGAUUAUCCCGAUCCGACGAGAUCCUCGGCCUUUUCGAGACCCGCCGGGAUGACUUUAAACCUGGCCAUCGCUUAAAAAUCGGUCGGUCGACACCUGCAAUUAGAUCAAAUCAGUCAUGUUAAAGAGAUUCAAAUUCGACUUUAUUAUUAUACUUACUUUCGUUUGAAAUUCCACGAGAAAUUCUCUCGAAUUCACUCGAUUAGAAAUUCGCAGAGAUUCCAAGGAUUUUCUUAUAGAAGAUUGCAGAUUUUGACUUUCUGAAAAAUUGAAGGUUCAAGAUUUUUAAAAAUCAUUUAUUGAAAUUAUUCACUAUAAUAAUCUGGUCACUGUUUCUUAUGAGAUUAUUACGAAAAGAUUUAAUUGAGAAAUUGACAAAGGCGAUUAAUUUGUAUCGUUUGAUUUAGAAAAGUGAUUUUACAGAAUGUUCUAAAAUUAUUACGUUUUUUUAAAUCAGUUUUUUAAAAAUAAUAAUUAGUUUAGAGUGAAUCUUUUCCUAUCAAAAAAUAUGAUUAAAAUUGAAAUAUUAUUUUUUUUAAUCACAUACAUGAUAAUAAUAAUUUCGUAAAUACUUUCAAUGAUGUUUUUACAGAUAUUAUCAGAGAUUGUCCUGUAUUCAGCCUUCUUUUAUUGCGAUCGAACGAAUAUUAUUUUUAAUAAUCUGAAUAAGCUGAUUAUUUCUGACAAGACAAAGUUACGAAUUAGUAAAAACAACAGAGCAUGUGACAGAUACUAUUCCAAGCAUCUUCCGAGAAUUAGGGACCAUCUAGUAAUUAGUCAUAAUGUUAAAUCUAUAUAAGCCGUUAAUUUACGAUCCGUUGGUAUAACACCGUAUUUUAUAAAUAUUGGAUCGUGUUCUUCAGCGUGUGUAUAAUUUGAUACAGCAAUAUAGUUUCGACGGAAGAAUUGAUUAAUAUAUUAUGCAAAUGAGAACUUAAAAAGAAAUUUUCAAGACAUAAGAUCGCCUCCAACAAGAGAGUUUGUUAAACGCCAGACUUGUGACCUUAUCUAUUUAAAGACGUAGCUGUCAUACGGUGUUAAAUAAUUGAAAUUAAUCGUCGAUACGCGGACAGAAUUGCAAUGCCUUACAUGUUAUUAUUUUAGAAUUAAAUAACAAAGGUUCGAGGCUCUUCGAGGCAGCUAUCGACUUUAUACAAAAUGUAGAUACGUAUAUAUAACCGACAAGUUCCAUAAUGAAUGAAUCCCAAUGAAUGUGUGUAAAAAUAUAAAAUGUAGCCGAGUGGAGUUCGGUCUUAAAAUAUCGAAGGAAACGAUACAACAUUCGGCGCAAGUUCGUUGUGUCGAAAAAACUUUGCAUCUCCUGCAGCAUUAGUAUGCAAGCAUUGAGACGUUCACAAAAUUGCGAGAAAGUGUAUCUGUGAUUCGGAAUUGCGCAACCGGUUGCGAAAAGCAAAAAACAGGCUCCAGACAAUGCGAAAAUUAUUUAUAUUUUAUAUAUAUAUAUAUAUAUAUAUAUAUAUAUAUAUUAUAUCAUAUCAUAAAAAUUUUAAGUCCGAUGAUCUUUUAUUAGGAUAUUUUAUAUGUAAUAAAUUUUGUAUAUACCAUUAUAUAGAAAAUCAUACAGCACCAACACACGUUAUCCAAUCGAGCAUCGUUUAGAGCCGUAACGUAGGUUGUCUGUUCUCCAUCAGCGAAGUAAUUAUAGCCAUGAUAAAUAAGCCUUCUUCUUUCGUUUUUUGAUACCAAAAAAAAAUUGGUAUCCGAUCAGAGUGUCGAACUAGUCGAAUCCGUUCCGUCAUUGCGAACGCAAUCUGCCGUCGUGGCAAGUCUCAAUUUUGCAAUUUAUAUUUUAAAUUGCGGAUAUUACCUAGAAAAAAUCGAUGACGUGUCUCUUUUUCAAUGAUUCGAGGGACGGCAAGAUUAUGCGAAUGGCGACGGUUAUAAUAAAGAUUUCAUAUAAGUAUAAUAAUGUGUCACGCGCAAACAAGAGAGACCGAUUGUGUCGCGUUUGCCGAAUAAUUUGCUCGUGUUCUAAAAGAUUAUAAUUAACGAGCGAUUCGAACGCGUCCUAGUCAUUUCGAGAUCCGAUAGAUUUGCCUAUGGAUGAGAAUAGAAAUCCCAAUCUAGUGUUUAAGACGUAGUCGUGUUUGACCGCACGUUGUAAAUAGCAUUCCCACUUUUACAUAUUAAAAUUUGAACGCGAGAGAGAUGUUGGUAUAGUCGUUUUUAGAUAGUUAGACUUAUUAUACGCCUGUUGUAUGUAUUAUACGUGCUAUUUGUACACUGGAGUGCCUACAUAAAAUAUUUACCUACAUUUUUGUACGAAUUGUAAAAAUCUUGUCUUAUCGUAAUGAGAGGAUAAUAUACGAAAUGAUAUACGUUUGAA